CUCCUCCUAUUUAAGAUCCGUACGAGCAGAUCAGCUCCAUUUCACUACACAAGUGUAACUGCCAGUGUCCCUCAUCGCUCUCUGUAGCUAGCUACUCCACUACUUGCCCAAGUCUACGGAGAUGCACAGACCACCGAGCUUUCUUCUGUUCCUCGUCGCCGCCGCGGCGUCGCGGUUGGUGCCGGCGGCGGCGGGGGACGACAACGGCGACUGGUCGAAGGGCACGGCCACGUUCUACGGCGGCGGCGACGCCUCCGGCACGAUGGGCGGCGCGUGCGGAUACGGGAACCUGUACUGGUCCGGGUACGGGACGGACACGGCGGCGCUGAGCUCGCCGCUGUUCGACGACGGCGCGUCGUGCGGGCAGUGCUUCAAGGUCACGUGCGACGCCGACGCGUCGCAGUGGUGCCUCAAGGGCAGGUCGGUGACCGUCACCGCCACCAACCUGUGCCCGCCCAACUACGCCGUCUCCGGCGACGACGGCGGCUGGUGCAACCCGCCCCGCCGCCACUUCGACAUGGCCCAGCCCGCCUGGCUCCAGAUCGCCCAGUACAAGGGCGGCAUCGUGCCGGUGCUCUACCAGAGGACGCCGUGCGUGAAGCAGGGAGGGGUGCGGUUCACGAUGGCCGGGUCCAACUACUUCGUGCUGGUGCUCAUCAGCAACGUGGCCGGGACCGGGUCGGUGAAGGCGGUGUGGGUGAAGGGGAGCAGCACGGACAGGAUGCCCAUGAGCAGGAACUGGGGCGCCAACUGGCAGUCGCUCUCGGGGCUCGCCGGCCAGGCGCUCACCUUCGGGGUCACCAACACCGACGGCAAGACCAUCGUCAUCCCCGGCGUCGUGCCGGCGUGGUGGAAGUUCGGGCAGUCCUUCACCUCCGGCGUCCAGUUCUCCGACUGAUCGGUGGACGACCAACCCAUUGGAGAUUUGGAGUUUCGAACGGCGGCUCCGGCUCCAUUGGCCGGCCAGAUGUCGAUCUAGCUAGGCUUUCUGAGAUUUCUGGUUGAAGAAGCACAUGCCAUCUUAAUUACAAAGAUUAAUAAUUGGACAGGGCCAUAUGGAGUACUGGGUGUAUUUGCUGUGAUAUGUAUAGUUCUAGCUAGCCUGCUCGGCCAUGCCGUUGAGGACCCAUUCAUGAUUCGUGGGAGGGGAAGACUGAAAGAGUGAAGUCUGGAGUUGAGUUCAUGCCGGUGACGAUUCCCGUAUCAGUAGGCAGUAGCUUUUCCUUCUGUAGACUGUUAGUAAUAUUUCCAGUCUUGUUGUGGUAAUAUUGUACUGUUGCCCCACACUGGACAGUGCAAAUAACUCCAUUA